AUGGCGGGCGAUGAGACGCAAAGGAGAAGAAAAAGUACCAGACAAGCCAUUGAUCGAAAGUCGGAUAAAAAUGCUUAUUUAAUUUGCCAUUCCCUUCCCAUGUAUUCUUCCAAACAAAAUUUUUCUGAAGCAUGCGAGACCGCCCUGAACAAGCAAGUUAACAUGGAGCUGGGUGCGUCGUAUUCCUACAUGUCUAUGAGUGUCUUUUGCUCCAAAGAUGGCGUUGCUCUUCCGGGUCUUGCAGCCUACUGUGCUAAAAUGUCACUUGAAGAAAGAGAUCACGCCCUGAUGCUACAAGACUACAUCAUCAAGCGUGGAGGGCAAGUUACAUAUGAUACGAUUGCUCCACAUCCGAAGGCUUCGGCGUGGAAAUCUGCUCUUGAAAUUGUGGAGGCAAUGUUGGAAUUGGAAAAAUCUGUCAACGUGUCUCUGCUUGACCUAAACAAGCUUGCUUCCCUGAAAGAAGAUGCCCAUCUUUCCGACUUUAUUGAGGGCACCUUCCUUUCGGAACAGGUAGACAGUAUCAAAGAGCUGGUUGACAUGCUUGUCCAGUUGCAACGAGCUGGUGUCGAUGGCCUUGGCCUUUACAUUUGGGACCAAAAUUUGUUGUCUAAAAACUAG